GCCAUCCGGUUGUCGGUACCGAACCAUCAUUCGAUCAACUUCCUCUCGUCCGGUAAACCGAAUCCAACGCAAUGGUCAAGUUAUUAGUGUUGACCACCUGUGCCCUUCUGGGCUUAACAUCUGGUGCCUCCCUCAAGUCCACUUUCAUGCCGAGCUUUUCUCGCGCAGGGAAAAUCGUCGGAGGGUUCCAGAUCGACGUCGUUGACGUCCCCUACCAGGUGUCGCUGCAGCGCAAUAACCGUCACCACUGCGGCGGAUCGAUUAUCGACGAGAGAUGGGUGCUGACGGCGGCCCACUGUACGGAGAAUACAGACGCCGGUAUCUACAGUGUGCGCGUCGGUUCGUCGGAACACGCCACCGGAGGGCAGCUGGUCCCGGUGAAGGCCGUGCAUAACCAUCCGGACUAUGACCGCGAGGUCACCGAGUUUGACUUUUGCUUGCUGGAGUUGGGCGAGCGUUUGGAGUUUGGCCACGCCGUUCAACCGGUUGAUCUGGUUCGGGACGAACCGGCUGACGAGAGUCAGUCGCUGGUUUCCGGCUGGGGAGACACGAGAUCGUUGGAGGAAUCCACCGAUAUCCUGAGGGGUGUUUUAGUUCCGUUGGUGAACCGCGAGGAAUGUGCCGAAGCUUACCAGAAGCUUGGUAUGCCGGUUACGGAGAGCAUGAUCUGCGCUGGAUUCGCCAAGGAAGGAGGCAAGGACGCCUGCCAAGGGGACAGCGGUGGUCCCCUGGUCGUGGACGGGCAACUGGCUGGAGUAGUUUCCUGGGGAAAGGGUUGCGCUGAACCUGGAUACCCGGGUAUUUACUCCAAUGUUGCGUACGUUCGCGAUUGGAUCAAAAAGGUGGCCAAGGUUUAAAACCCCAAUAGAAUCAAAAAUUUAAA